GCCGCGGGGGCCGCGGGCGGCAGCGGCGGCAGCGGGCACCGGCACCGGGGAGCGGCACCGGGAACCGGCACCAUGAGCGGGGCGCGGGCAGCGGCCGAGCGCGAGGAGUUCGCCGCCUUCUUCCCGCAGAUCGUCCGCGACCUGACGGAGGACAUGCUGGGCCACCCGGAGGUGGGAGACGCCGUGGCGCGGCUGAAGCAGGUGCUGGAGUACAACGCGCCGGGCGGGAAGUGCAACCGGGGGCUGACGGUGGUGGCGGCGUUCCGGCGGCUGGCGGAGCGGCAGGAACCGGGGAGCCUCCGCUGCGCGCUGGCCGUGGGCUGGUGCAUCGAGCUGUUCCAAGCCUUUUUCCUGGUGGCUGACGACAUCAUGGACGCGUCGCUGACCCGCCGGGGGCAGCUCUGCUGGUACAAGAAGGAGGGGAUCGGGCUGGAUGCCAUCAAUGAUGCUUUUCUGCUGGAGUCCUCGGUGUACCGGCUGCUGAGGAGGUACUGCGGGCAGCAGCCCUACUACCUGCACCUGCUGGAGCUCUUCCUGCAGACAGGCUACCAGACCGAGCUGGGGCAGACCCUGGACCUCAUCACUGCUCCAGUCUCCCAGGUGGACCUGAGCAGGUUCAGCGAGCAGCGGUACAAGGCCAUUGUGAAGUACAAGACGGCGUUUUACUCCUUCUACCUGCCCGUGGCCGCAGCCAUGUACAUGGCAGGCAUUGACAGUAAGGAGGAGCACGAGAACGCCAAAGCCAUCCUGCUGGAGAUGGGAGAGUUCUUCCAGAUCCAGGACGAUUUCCUGGACUGCUACGGGGACCCAGCCCUGACGGGGAAGGUUGGCACCGACAUCCAGGACAACAAGUGCAGCUGGCUGGUGGUGGAGUGUCUGCGCCGGGCCACGCCGGAGCAGAGGCAGAUCCUGGAGGAAAACUACGGCUCGAAGGAGCCCGAGAAGGUGGCCAGGGUGAAGGAGCUCUACAAUGCGCUGGGCAUGGAGGCGGCUUUCCGGGAGUACGAGGAGAGCAGCUACCGGCGCCUGCAGGAGCUGAUCGGGAAGCACGCCCAGCGCCUGCCCGCGGAAAUCUUCCUGGACCUCGCACAGAAGAUCUACAAGCGGCAGAAGUGAUGGAGGGGCCGGCAGGGGGCUGGGCUCCGGCACGGACCGCCCGGAGCGGCUCCCUGCCCUGGGAAGGGUCGCGGCGGGUUGGAGAAGGUGCGAUGGGGUGGCCGGGCUGGGGUUCAGCCGUCUCCCCCCCCACCCCCGGCCGUGUGUGAAUAAACAUAAAUUAUUGUAG